AGCAUGCAUGGAAUUUAGGACAUAAGGACGUUCCUGGUAGAGAUGUUGUUGCAUAUGUUAAUUGGGAUAUUGGAUGGCCUUCAGAGAAUAGUUCCGGAUCAAGUAAAGGCAAAGGAGAAACUCCUUCGGCUAAGAAGGGUAUGGAGCCAGGGCCAUCACUGGGCAAAGCGGUCCUUAAAUUGGACGGUCUCCUAAAGAAGGCCGAAAUUCAUGAAGUUUUGGAGUUGUAUGAAAAUCGCAAACCCACUGGCGGCAAGUUGGAAGUGCGUAUACGUCUGCAAACACCUCUCGAUGAAGCUGAGGUUGUUACUAGAACAGAAAAGUGGUUAAUAAUAGACGAGUUCAAUAGGAACAAUCCUGUAUUUUCAGCACUUCAAACGUUAUCAGCUCAGAAUGCAAAGGCAGCAGGAAUUUCGGUGAUACCUUCGACACCUACUUCAACACCCAGUCAAACACCCACUUCAUCAACAUCUACAAGAGCUGAUUCCAUAUCAACUUCUUCACAACAGAGAGUCCCACAGCCACCAAGUACAACGGCAAAAACAACAACAAGAAGUAAUAUUGCCAAUCCUGCCAGACCCGAACGGGAGGCUGUUCAGAAUAAUGUUGCUCAAAAAGAUGCUCAUACUCAAAACAAGAUAUUACCUCAACAAUUAGAUCAGGGUAAAAAUAAUGGAUCUUCACUAGAAAAAUCAAAUGAACUUGAACAAGCCGAAGAGGAGUUGAAUAAUGUGGACAACCUAAUAUCAAAUCUUGUACUUGAGAAAGAGAUGGGUUUAGUUGAUAGUCAAAUUGAUACUUUCAAGAAACAACAUAAACCCGUUCCUGAAGAUCUUAUUGAUCGUAAACAAGCUUUAGAAAUCAAGAUGUCCCUUUUAGUCAUCCAAGUGGAAUCUGGACAGUUGACUAUGGAUCAAUAUAUAGCACAAGUUAAAGCAAGUAUCUUGAAACAUAAAAAACUUGCAUUAACAUUUAAAGGUGCAGGCAAAUUGGAUGGAGCAAAACAAGCACUAGCAAGAAGCAAAAUUAUGGAGAAAGAGGUAAAAGAAGUAGAAGAUGCUAUGGCCAAUGGUCCUCUCGUAGAAGAAUAA